AGGUCUUGGAUUGUACCCUCAGACUACAGAAUACUAUUUUAAAGAAAUCUUAUCCUCCUUGAGGCACCUCAGCACCGCUGACCUGAGAUUUGUCCAUUCAAAAAUAAGAUUGCUUAGAAGUUCGUCUUGAAACUGGGCAAAAUGAACUUCACUGAGGAUAAAGUGACCAUCAGCAACCCAGCAGACAUCACUGUGAUUCUCGGCUACUUUGUGAUUGUCAUCGGCGUGGGAAUUUGGUCCAUGUUUAGGACUAAUCGUGGCACAGUAGGUGGCUACUUCCUUGCUGGACGGACCAUGGUGUGGUGGCCAGUUGGCGCUUCUCUGUUUGCAAGCAACAUUGGCAGUGGCCAUUUUGUUGGCCUUGCAGGGACAGGGGCUGCCAGUGGAAUAGCUGUAGGAAGCUUUGAAUGGAAUGCUUUAUUCAUUGUGCUGCUGCUGGGAUGGCUGUUUGUACCGGUCUAUUUAACUGCUGGAGUGAUCACAAUGCCACAGUACCUGAAAAAGAGAUUUGGUGGGACCAGAAUCAGUUUGUACCUCUCUGUCAUCUCGCUUUUCCUUUACAUCUUCACAAAGAUUUCUGUGGACAUGUUUGCUGGAGCAGUGUUCAUACAGCAGGCACUCGGGUGGAAUAUUUACAUCGCAGUGAUUGCAUUGCUCGCCAUUACGGCACUCUACACUGUCACAGGUGGUCUGGCUGCUCUGAUGUACACUGACACUGUCCAGACCUUCAUCAUCAUUGCUGGAGCUUUCGUCCUCAUGGGCUUCUCCUUUAAGGAGGUCGGAGGCUACAGUGCCUUACUUGAGAAAUAUGGAUUAGCUUUACCUUCCCCAUCCAUGAGAGAGUCCCUAGACCCUCAGCACUACAAUAUCACCCCAUUGUGUUACACCCCACGAGAAGAUGCCUUUCAUCUGCUGAGAGACCCUGUGACUGGAGACCUGCCGUGGCCUGGCGUGUUAUUUGGCAUUGCCAUUAUAGGGUGUUGGUACUGGUGCAGUGACCAGGUGAUUGUGCAGCGCUGUUUAGCUGCCCGCAGUCUAACUCAUGUGAAGGCCGGGUGUAUCCUGUGUGGGUACCUGAAGCUGCUCCCUAUGUUUCUCAUGGUGUUGCCAGGCAUGAUCAGCAGAGUGUUGUACCCUGAUGAGGUGGGGUGUGUAGUGCCGGAUGUCUGUAAACAAGUAUGUGGGACUGAAGUUGGCUGCUCUAACAUUGCUUACCCCAAACUGGUAGUGUCCGUCAUGCCUAACGGUCUGAGGGGAUUAAUGUUAGCUGUCAUGUUAGCAGCCCUCAUGAGUUCCUUAGCCUCCAUCUUCAACAGCAGCAGCACCCUGUUCACCAUGGACAUAUGGACCCGCAUCAGGCCUCAGGCCAGAGACAGAGAGCUCAUGAUAGUUGGCAGGGUGUGGGUACUCUGCAUCGUUGCAAUCAGCAUUUGCUGGAUCCCUGUAGUCCAGGCUGCCCAGAGUGGUCAGUUGUUCGACUAUAUCCAAUCAGUAUCCAGUUACCUAGCCCCACCUAUUGCAGCAGUCUUCUUUCUGGCUAUUUUUGUGAAAAGAGUCAACGAGCCGGGGGCUUUUUGGGGCCUGAUGGGUGGCCUGCUCAUGGGCCUGUGUCGCAUGGGACCAGAGUUCUACUUUGGCACAGGUAGCUGCCUCUUUCCUUCCAAAUGCCCCAAACUAAUUUGUGGGGUUCACUACCUGUACUUCGCAGUGCUGCUCUUCUUCUGUACUGGUAUUCUAGUGCUCCUCGUGAGCUACAGCACGGCACCCAUAGACGACAUGCACCUUCAUCGCCUUGUCUUCAGCUUGCGCCAUUCUAAAGUAGACAGGGUUGAUCUGGACUGGGAGGAAGAGGAAGGAGGAAGAAAAGCUCGCAGGGAAGCGGAGGAGAAAAAUAAGGCCAUGUGUGUUGAGGAUAAAACUACAAAUGAGGAGAAAUCUGCAGUUGUCCGUCUAAUCAGCUGGUUCUGUGGCUUGAGUGGCUCUCAGGCUCCCGAGCCCACCGAAGAGGAGGUCGCACAAGCGUCUAGACAACUACCAGACAUAAGCGAAGACCCAGUUUGGAAGCACCUUGUCAAUGCUAAUGCCCUCAUAAUGAUGGCAGUGGCUGUCUACUUUUGGGGGUUUUAUGCUUGAGAACAAUCUUCAAGCAAAUAGUUACGAAGUAUUUUUACUUAAUUUAAUUAUUUACCACUUUGGACCUGGAAUUCAAAA